AUGAGGUUUCUGAGGAAAAAGCCCGGACCUUCCUUGGAAGAAACGUCAGGUCAAAUUGGGGAGAAAAUAUCCGCGUUGGACGCCAAAAUCAAUGCAUGCAAUUUGGAACUCGCAAAAAUCAAAACUGCAAUGGCAUCGGCUAGGGCACCAUCUGCAACUUCUUUGGCCAAGAAAAAAGCGUCUGAGAUAUUACAGAGAAGAAAGGUAUAUGAGACGCAGCGGGACAGUCUUGUAGCCACGCAGCUUAAUAUCGAUCGCUCUGAAUAUACCCAUGCCCAAAUAAAGACCGCCAAUCUCAUGAAGGAUGCUUUGGCUACCUCUCUAAAGACAAUGAAGAAGGAGGCUAAAAAGGUCAAUCUCGCCAAAAUUGAGAAACUGCAAGACGAGAUUGAAGACAUGAACAUGUAUGCGGAGGAAAUAUCUGAUGUCUUGGGAAGACAAUACGAGGUCCCAGAGGAUAUCGACGAAGGCACCCUGGAUCUCGAGUUUUCUAUGCUAGACGAAAGUAUACUGGAUGAGGCAUUCAACUCCCUUGAAGAGAAUGCAACUAGCAAUCUCAACUUUGAUGAGGAAACUAGUCAAACGGGAGAAAGAGAGGAACCACAAAUCGGUGAUAUGUCGCACAUUGAAGGUUACUAUGGAACUGGGAUUAAACCCUUUAAUGUAACGGUUCAGUUGAAAGAAAUAUACAAUACGUAA